AUGUCUACCAAAGUUGCAAGACAUCCGAAACAAGACGCUAUCACCAACUUUUUGAAAGUCCCUAAAAAUUUUAGAAAAGAUGAAGUUAGGGUCAAUAACACCUUUGGUUUCACUCCGUUUGACAGUGUUCAAGCGCGGAAAGCCUCCGAACUCGCCGCUCAAUUUAUGAUCGUCGCAAACUCCAAUCCUAAAGAUACUAUUGACCACGUUCUCGAGUUCGUUCAGAAACAGACCGAAACCGUUGACCCCGAAUUAGUUCGCUGGGCUUUUAUGAUUUUCAUUGCUCAUCAUCCGGCUGCUCGUGAUCAACAAUUACGUAUUCCUUCAUUGGUUAACCGCGCUCCCCAAUUGACCGUUCCCAAGAAACCUCAAGUUCCACUCACGCCGGGUCCCAUCAUUUCCGAUAAACCGCCCGCACUGCUCACCGAACAACUGGAAGGUGACGUGGAAUUGUAUUUGGACUGGUUCAGAGAAGAUCCUAAUCUCAACGAGCAUCACGAACAUUGGCAUAUCGUUUAUCCCGGUGGUGGGGUACCCGAUCCGAGCAAUCCAAAAAUCCGUAUCCCAAAGGAUCGUCAUGGCGAACUGUUCAUCUACAUGCAUCGACAGAUGCUGGCCAGGCACGAUAUUGAACGUCUAGCAUUGGGUAUACCUCUGAUCAAGCCUUUGGAAAAUUACCGAGAACCGAUUCCACAAGGAUAUAAUCCUAACGAACAUUUAGUUGAUUCAAGUGAUGAUUCUCCUUAUGCAACUCGUCAAUCCAAUAAAAAACUUGGAAAUCUGGGUAAAGGAAUGACGGUUGAAGAUUUGGAAUCGUAUCGUGACGCUCUUAUACAAGCUAUUGAUAGUGGCAAGUUGGCCGGUAAUAUUGAUAUCACCAAUAACAUUCUGGGUUCCACCAUCGAAUCUUCCGACGAAAACAUGGAACAACGUUAUGGUUCUUUGCAUAACACCGGACACGUGUUGCUUGCGUACAUCAAUGAUCCGGGUCGUGCGAACGACGCCGGAAAUGAUCCAGGCGUGAUGAGCAGUCCACGCGUCGCGGCACGUGAUCCAGUAUUUUGGAGAUGGCACCGUCAUGUUGAUGAUUUGUUUAAUAGGUGGCAAGAUAAAUUAGAACCUAAUAACUUCUCUGAUGCACCACCUGUGAAUGUUAAAGGUAUCAUUCUUGUAUAUAAAGAUAAACUUCCCAUUAGUCAUGGAGCAACUCAGGACAAGCAGGCAGCCGAUUUUGGUGAAAAAACAUUUGGAGGGAGUAACUUUGGAGCGGAUGUAUCAAAGAAUGAAAUUGUAACGACUGAAUUACAAACCAAAAUGAAACGUAGAAAUUGGACAUGGGUUGAAGAUACAGGCAAGACCGAUACGAUUGAGUACUUAUUCCCACGAGAGUAUUAUUAUUAUUUCCGUGUCGAGAACACUUCUUCAUCCCAAUUGGAUGCGACGUUCCGCGUUUUCUUGGCACCAGAAGAAUUAGCUCAUUCGAGACGUCAUUGGAUUGAAAUGGACAAGUUUAAGCAAACUUUGGCUCCCAAAUCUAAAACCGUGGUAUGCCGUGAUUGUGAUAUGUCAUCGAUCGUUCGUCAACCUCCGCAGAAGACCGAAGAUGAAUUAGACGAUACAACAACUCCGCCUGGAACGGUGGAAUCUUUGAACGAGAAAUAUUGUGAUUGUGGUUGGCCCUUCCAUCUUCUGCUGCCCAGAGGAAGAAAAGAUGGAUUGAAAUUUAAAUUAUUGGUGUUCAUCUCGGACUGGUCUAAAGAUAAAGUACCAACAAUGAGUAGGUGUGGAAGCAUUAGUUACUGCGGCGCUGAAAGACCCGGUGAUAAAUAUCCUGAUAUCAGACCCAUGGGUUAUCCAUUCGAUAAACCGUUCAAAAAUAAUUCUUAUGAAGAGACGUUUGCAAAUUUACAUAACGCGUCAAUUAAAGAUAUUACUAUUCGUUGGGUUGACGAUUUCCCUGAAAUUGUCACCAAGGCAUAA